GUUUCCAUACGUUACCAGAUCUCACCCUUCGUAUUUACUUCUUCUGGAUUCCUCUCUCUGGUCCACAUUUUGAUACAGUGAGCCGGAUCUCUCAAAGUUUAUCAGGCUCGGAGCUGCAGGACGGCCAUGGCUGACCAGUUCGAGGACAAGGUCCCUCCUCCGGAUGCAAAAGGGUUUAACCCUGGAUUGAUAGUGUUGAUUGUUGUUGUUGGGCUGCUGCUGCUUUUCUUGGUUGGAAACUACGCGCUUUACGUGUAUGCUCAGAGAACUCUUCCCCCGAAGAAGAAGAAGCCAGUGUCCAAGAAGAAGCUGAAAAAGGAGAGGCUGAAGCAAGGCGUCUCUGCUCCAGGAGAGUAAAUAAGAAAGACUUGGUUUUUUAUUGCAGCUCUCCAUCAUGUCUUCAAGUGUUGUGUUGAGAAGUUUCUCCAAGCGCCUUACGUGUUUGGGAUUCAGAAGUAUUUUUCUUUAUUUACGUUAAUACUCGAGGGGAUUGAACUUUAGUUGGAACGUUGGAAGUUACGUUAACCCUGUAUCAUCGUAGAGACCAGGGAGUGAGAUGCUGUUACUGAAAACAGUUUUAUCUCUUCAAUUUCCCAUUUGUACUGAGCCUUUCCUUUGUUGAAGGAAUAGUUAGAACUUGGAAAGAUAUCUGUUACCAAAUGUUUGGAAGGAACCACCAAAUGCUUGGUUGUAUUGCAGAAUUCUUCGUACGAUAGGAUGUAAUCCAGAACUUGGACUUGUUUGCUCCUAAACUUUUCCUUCAUAUCUUGUUAGAGUAAAUUGUUGAUUUUUCCCUUGAA